CCUCGGUCCUGAGACCUCCGAACAGGGUCUAAGUCCAGCAUGAAGCCCCCAGACCGCCCUACCUCGGGCCGCACUGACCGGAUGCUGGGGGCUAUGGGGGGCAUGCUGCGCGCAUGCGCCCUGCCCGAGACUGAGGGGCCCAGCCCCAAGCGACCCCAGAGACAGAGCUGGAGCUGCAGCCGCAUCCCGGCCCAGGCCCCACCCGGACUGGACCAUUGGACGCCCGGACCCCGGGGCGGAGAGGGCUCGGGAGACCCUCUUCACCCAGCUCCGCAUCCCGACAGCCCUGGGCCGCCCCUGCCCCAGACCCCCUGGCCCUUCUGCAGAUAAGACGUCCAUCCAGCCCUAGACAUCCCCUCUGCCUUCGUUUCCCUCCCCCCUCUCCCAGCCCAGACCUGGGGGGGAGGGAGCGGGGUGUGCGCCCGGCGCCGUUCCCGCCCCGCCCCCCGUGAUUCCCUCUGCAUGGCCGGCCCGGGUGGGGGGUCUGGGGGGGCCCAGGCACCAUGCGGGAGGGUCACCGGGGGGGUCGUUGUGCCUGUCCCCACGUGAUCCGCAAAGUGCUGGCAAAAUGCGGCUGCUGCUUCUCCCGGGGGGGUCGCGAGUCCUAUUCCAUUGCUGGCAGUGAAGGCAGUGUCUCUGCUUCUGUUGCCUCUGUCUUGGUCCCCACUUCUGUCCCUAGCUCUGGACUCAGCUCUGGUCCCUGCUCCCCUGGACCUCCAGGGCCAGUCAGUGGCCUGAGGAGGUGGUUGGACCACUCUAGACACUGCCUCAGUGUGGAAACUGAGACAGACAAUGACCAGGCAGGACCAUGUCAGGGAUGGAUUCGGGAGUCAACUCUAGCCUCAGGGGAGGAACUACCAGAACUGACCCUCCUGACCACUUUACUGGAGGGACCUGGAGACAGGACCCAGGAAGGUACAACUUCUCAGCCCCCAGAGGAAACUCUCUCUCAGACUACAGAAAGUGAGGAAGAACAAAGGAGGAGGGCUUUGGACAGGAGUAUGUAUGUCCUGAGUGAACUGGUAGAAACAGAGAAAAUGUACGUGGAGGACUUGGGGCAGAUUGUGGAGGGCUACAUGGCAACCAUGACAGCCCAGGGCAUCCCUGAAAGUCUCCGAGGCCGGGACAGGAUUGUGUUUGGGAAUAUCCAACAAAUCUACGAAUGGCACAGAGAUUACUUCCUUCAAGAACUACAGAAAUGUCUUCAGGAUCCUGACUGGCUGGCACAGCUCUUCAUUAAGCAUGAGAGGCGGCUACACAUGUAUGUUAUUUACUGCCAGAACAAACCGAAGUCUGAGCAUGUCAUGUCCGAAUUUGGAGAUAAUUACUUUGAGGAGCUCCGUCAGCAGCUCGGUCACCGCCUUCAGCUGAACGAUCUUCUCAUCAAACCUGUACAGAGAAUCAUGAAGUACCAGCUGCUACUCAAGGAUUUCCUGAAAUAUUAUAGCAAAGCCAAGAAGGAUACCGCAGAGCUUGAGCGUGCAGUAGAAGUCAUGUGCUUUGUGCCCAAACGCUGCAAUGACAUGAUGAGUCUGGGGAGACUUCGAGGCUUCGAGGGCAAGCUGACCACCCAGGGGAAGCUCCUGGGUCAGGACACAUUCUGGGUUACUGAGCCCGAAGCAGGGGGGCUGCUCCCUGCCCGGGGGCGAGAACGCAGAGUCUUCCUCUUUGAGCAAAUCAUCAUCUUCAGCGAGGCCCUUGGGGGAGGGAUCAGGGGUGGGGCACAACCUGGAUAUGUCUAUAAGAACAGCAUCAAGGUCAGCUGUCUGGGCCUAGAGAAGAACACUCAGGGGGAUCCCUGCCGGUUUACCUUGACCUCAAGGGGCCCAGAGGGUGGUGUCCAGCGAUACGUUCUCCAGGCGGCAGACCCAACGGUCAGCGAGGCUUGGACGCGGCAUGUGGCCCAGAUCCUGGAAAGUCAGAGGAACUUCCUCAAUGCACUGCAGUCACCGAUUGAGUACCAGCGACGGGAGAGCCAGACCAACAGCUUGGGAAGGAUAGGAGGGUCUGGGGGGAGCCCUGGACGAUCCCGGCUCGGGGACCGAGCCCCGGUCAGCACACACCCCCCCAUCAAUGGUUCCCUUCCUUCUCUGUUGCUGCCCCCAGGAGGGGUGGCUGAGCACCCCCGGCCUCAGAUUGAACAGGCCCCUCCUGCACCUGAAGACCCUAUCUGCCAGGCCCGGCUGGCCAAGCUGGACGAAGAUGAGCUCUGACUGGCGACGGCACCUUUGGGGGUGCCGGAUGAGGCCCCUCUCCUGGGCACUGUCUUUGAACUAACUCCUCCCGAAUCUUCGGCUCCACACAGAGGGCUGGGCUGGGUGGAACGGAUGGCCAUGGGGACGAGUUAAGGAAGAUUUUCCAUCCUUCCAGAUUGUUUCUCUACUCUGGGGAUCCAGAUUCCCUCCACUUUCCCCCAUAUGCAAUGUAUCGCUUGAGUCCCAAGAAAGCAAGCCGUGUGGGUGGCUGGGUGGCCAAUGGAGCAGGGGAUGGAAUGGAUUGAUUUCUUUUCAUUUGUCUGCUUCCUGAGAAUAAAGGUUUUGCUCUAUUA